AUGUUGAAGAAACAGUACAAUACAUCCAAGUCGACAUCAUUGUUCCAAAUCAGAUUGAAAAAUCUAGAACAUGACGUGCUUGUGUUGAAGGGAAGUCCACACGAAGCUGCAUCAGCAUUGUUAUCAGGAAACAUUGCAUUAUCAGUCAAUGAACCAAUCACGAUAAAAAAAGUCACUCUUCGACUCUAUGCAACUUUAAAGUUGCGCGCUGAUUUAACAUCUGCAUCAUCUGCCGCUGCUGGAACUAGUCGGAAAUUGUUGAAUUUCUCUAAAAAGGUUUAUGAAUAUGACUGGGACUCGAAUGAAUUCAAUCAGUACUUUGAUCAUAUGUAUGAGAAUAAUUCAAGCUCGACCCCACAAUUGUCCAAAAAUAACUCCUCCACAUCACUCAAAAACUUGAGGUCGAGAAGUGGAUUGAAUUUGGCACAAUUAUCACAAUCAAGUCACAGUUUAUUGUCGAGUCAAAGCAAUAGUUCAACCAACGUAUCAAGAACUGCUGUUUCUGGUGGCACUACUAAUCACGUAUUGGUGCAAGGCAACUAUGAAAUACCAUUUAGUGCCAUUUUACCAGGAGAUAUGCCGGAAUCAAUUGAAGGAUUACCAGGUUGUUCAUCUGUUUAUAAACUCGAAGCAACUAUCGACCGAGGCAAGUUCCAUAGUACAUUGGUGACAAAGAAACAUCUUCGUGUGGUAAGAACAUUAACUACCGAUGCAGUUGAAUUAUCAGAAACCAUUGCUGUUGAUAAUACCUGGCCGAAGAAGGUCGAAUAUUCACUCAGUUGUCCUACACGUGCCUUGGCUAUUGGAAGUGGAACUCCGAUUAGCAUGAUGCUUGUUCCAUUACUAAAAGGGUUGACUUUGGGAGAUAUAAAAAUCCAAUUGGUUGAGUUUUAUUCCUAUGUGGGAAAUGUACCGCCAAUGCAUCAAGCUGAAAGAGUCAUUGCCUCCAAGAAGAUUCCAAAACCAGACCCAGAUGCAUUCAAUAUGGAUAAAUGGGAAAUUGAAACAUUUUUACGAAUCCCAGCAAGUUUAUCCAAAUGUUGUCAAGAUGUUGAUUUACAACUGCACGUAAAAGUAAGGCACAAAUUGAAAUUUGGUAUUGGGUUAGUGAAUCCUGACAAUCAUGUUUCCGAAUUGAGGGCAUCAUUACCGGUGCAAUUGUUUAUUUCCCCGUUUGUUACUGUUAGUUCUAAACAUGAUGUUGACUCUGCUAUUCCAAAUGAAAACAAUGAGGAGGAUAUUUUGUUCACUAGCGAUUCGUAUGAUCAAUUAAGUGGACUUGAUAGUAGAGCCAAUAACAGUGCUGCAAAUUCUGCUAGCAAUUCUCAUACAUCACUUACUGGAUUGGUGGCACCACCGGUGUACGAUCAACACAUUUAUGAUCGAUUGUGGUCAGAUGUGUCUCCAAUUGAAACUCCAUUGACAUCGGGAGCCUCAACUCCAAGAAGCAGAGGCGGUGGCUACUACGGUGGAGAUGUUGGUCAGUUUGCAAUGUCGCCCUUGGAUUCGAAUGCAUUGAGUGAGAACUUGAGACAAUUGAGUCUACAAAGGCAAGCUCAAGAAGCUGAGUCACAUUCACAAAGUUCCAGAAAUGGUAGAGCCACUUUUAAUUUAGAUGACGAAGAAUCACAACAGUAUUCAACUCCUCAUUCAUUAUCAGGUAAUGAUUAUUUCAGUCGUGGACCUGGUCUGGUCCCAAGAAACCGCAGUUUCUUACAAGACCAUAUAAUGACACCUCCUGUACAUCUAUCAAGGGUCAACUCAGAUGCGAAUGUGCUCAGCAGUAGUGACUUAUCGCGAGUACCUUCCUAUAGUCAAGCUAUGAAGAGUGCUGCUUCGGGCGAUGAUGACGUAUCUCCUGCAUAUGCACCACCAUCUCCAGAUUCCCACAUCAAUUUACAAGAAGUGAAUAGAAAUUUGUUGCAGAAUAAUCAAUCAUCAUUACUUCGUCCAAAUUUACCACAAAGAGGCCCUAGCGCACGCAAGUCGGGUUCUCGUUCAUCUUCAAACAAUACAUCUCCAUCAGUUUCACGAAAUGUGUCAUCAACCAGUUUAUCAAAUUUGAUCCCAUCGCGUAAGUCAUCGAACAAUUUAGCUGCCUCAGCAGGAGGUAAUGGAUCACAUUUGACUCCAUUGCGAGCAGCAGGAGGAACCAAUGGUGUUGGAUCAUCGAGUAACUCCCCAUCAACGAGCCCCGUGAAUGUACGAGGACCGAGCCCUAAUCUUGCUAGUGAAGCAUCGAGUGUUAGUAAUUUAUCACGUAGCGCUUCCGAUAGGCGUUCUGGUGUUCCAAUGAGAACUUCAUCAAGUUUGAGUUUACAUAAUUUGCAUUUCUUGUCGAAAAAGAAGGACAAGAAAUGA